AUGAGCGCCGGCAGCGUCCAACAAGAGCCUGAACUGCCGCCACUGUCCCCCAAGGACUUUCGGGUUUACAAUCAGCUUGCAGAUAAGAUGGACUACUUUCACACCAUGCUUCGCCACGGUUGGGACAUUCAGUGGAAGGCCGCGACAACAGGCCGACGACCGCAGGAGACGCAUCAUGCCAUUGAAGAACAACAUAUCUUCCCGCAUCUGGCGCUGAAGAUGCCUGAGUUCCGGGUGGGCAAAGGGAAGCAUAACGCCGAGCUCUUGCGGCAGCAUAAGCAGAUUCACGCGGGGCUGGAUGGGUUUAGGGACUAUCUAGAGAAGUGCCUUAGUGGCGAAGAGGAUUUGCAACUUGAUGUGCUGAAGGUGAAGAUGGAGAGUUGGAAGGAUGUGCUCUGGACGCACUUGGAGCAAGAGGUCAAAACACUAGGGGCGGACAAUAUGAGGAAAUAUUGGAAUAAGGAGGAGAUCGGGAGGAUUCCUUUCUGA